CCACACAACAAACCGACACCCCCACAAUCAGACAGAUUCCAGCUCAGCCUCUCUGCAAGGAUUGUAUCCAGACUGUCCACCCCCCAAAAGACAACCACAACACUCGAGAUGGAAGAUCUCUGGUUCCACGUGUAAUACGCUCGGAAGGAAACACUUCGCUGCUGACAAUGGAGAACGUGACCCUUGAGAACAUCACGGCCAGCGGGCACCCCAACUCCACGGUGCAGCUGUGGGACAGCCCCUACAAGGCGGUGGAGGUGGUGUUCAUCGCCGUGGUGACGGGCUCCCUCAGCCUGGUCACGGUGGUGGGCAACAUCCUGGUAAUGCUGUCCAUCAAAGUCAACCGCCAACUGCAGACCGUCAACAACUACUUCCUGUUCAGCUUGGCCUGUGCUGACCUCAUCAUCGGGGUCUUCUCAAUGAACCUCUACACGGUCUAUAUCAUUAAGGGCUAUUGGCCUCUGGGGCCAGUGGUCUGUGACCUGUGGUUAGCUCUGGACUAUGUCGUGAGUAACGCCUCAGUCAUGAACCUGCUGAUCAUCAGCUUCGACCGGUACUUCUGCGUGACCAAGCCCCUCACCUACCCGGCCAGGAGGACCAUUAAGAUGGCGGGGCUGAUGAUCGCUGCCGCCUGGGUUCUCUCCUUCAUCCUUUGGGCUCCGGCCAUCCUCUUCUGGCAGUUCAUCGUAGGCGAGCGGGUGGUGAACAGCGGUCAGUGUUACAUCCAGUUCCUGACCAACCCCGCGGCCACAUUCGGCACGGCCAUCGCGGCCUUCUACCUGCCGGUGGUCAUCAUGACCGUGCUGUACAUCCAGGUGUCAGUGGCCAGCCGGAGCCGGGUGAAAAACAACCGUCCCGAGAGCCACAAGGAGAAAUCCUCGCGCUCCACCAGCCUCCUCAAGAGCCACUUCAUCAAGCAGCAGGAGAACAACAACGCUCCCAAGCCAGCCGCUGAGCAGCCCGGGAACGAGGCCGUGAGGAACGGGAAACUGGAGGAGAAGCCCUCGGCCAAGCCUGCCUGCGCCGGCCAACCCCACGAGGAGAAGGAGACCUCGAACGAGUCCAGCUCGGUCAGCACCGUCCAGUCCAACGUCAGGGAGAGGAACACCAGCGACAGCACGCAGGACGGUCGGCCCAAAGCGCCCAAGACUCUCGGCUCCAAGUGGUCCAAGAUCAAGAUCGUGACCAAGCAGGCCGGCAACGAGUGCGUGACCGCCAUCGAGAUCGUGCCCGGCAACACGCCCAACAAUGCCGGGGAGAGCAAGCCGGGCAUCGUGGCCAGGAAGUUCGCCAACAUCGCCAGGAGCCAAGUGCGCAAACGGAGACAAGUGGCCGCCAGGGAGAAAAAAGUCACCCGGACGAUCUUCGCCAUCCUCCUGGCCUUUAUAUUGACGUGGACUCCGUAUAAUGUGAUGGUCCUGAUCAGCACCUUCUGCAGUGACUGUGUGCCCGAGACUGUCUGGGUCAUUGGUUAUUGGCUGUGCUACAUCAACAGCACCAUCAACCCAGCCUGUUACGCCCUUUGCAACGUCACCUUCAAGAAGACUUUCAAACACUUGUUGCUCUGCCAGUACAAGAAUAUCGGCAGCGCCAGAUAGAGUAAAACGCCGUGGGGCUGAUGCUUGUUUGACAGUGUGCGAUUUUCUAACGGCUCAUCGUACGGAAUUGAUGUGCAACGGUAUUUCAAAGGAGACAUACCAGGGCUUAACACUGUGCUUGUAUUCCAAUCCAAGACCCCCCCCCUAACCAACCGUCCACCCCCGCCUCCCCUCAGAGUAAAGCAUGUACAUACCUUACAAGCAAAAAACGUGAUAUGAUAUCUUAACAGCGUAACUCAUCACAAUAUUAUUGCGUAGCUGCUCGUGAUAGAAACCAUCAAAGGCGGAGUAUCAGACAACGUGCUUUCCCCAUUGUGUUCAGCUUGAGUUCAGUGAGUACCGUCGUGUCACAGUCCUGUCCCGUCAGGACGCAGAAACUUAACCUUGUCGGGGUGAAAAAAAAAUCUGUACAUUUUUACUGUUUACGAAACGAUACCAGAGUAAAAUCUAACACCGUCAUUCGGGGGGGUUGCAGGAUGGCUGGGAGCGAAUAGGGCAGGGUUAGCUGUUAGGGUUGCAAUCGAGGGGUGACGAAAGCUGUUUAUGAACAGCUACGCCAUCGUAGAAAUGACAGGGAUCAAAUGCAAUCAUCAUUUUUUUAUUAUUAUUAGUUAUUCUCCAUUUUUUUUCAAUUAUUGU